AAAAUAAAAAACCACUUAUUCAUCAAUUAAUUUGUUUAUUACACACUCGGUCUUCCCUCUUCUUUCCUGCUGCCUUCCACUUCUCUCUGUAAUCUUCUCUCUCUAUUUCAUUCUCUUGCUCAGAAAAGCUAAGCUCACUGGCUUCAAAUGGUGGCCGAGAACGAGAUGAAGAAUGACGGCUCUGCUAAUUCUCCGACAUCGGUUCUUGAAGACGAGGAGAAUUGCAAUGACAAAACUGGAGACAACUUGGAAAAAGAUGUCCUUCUAGCUGCAAAAAAUGGUGAUUCUUCUCUUGUAUCAAAAGCCAUGGCAGAGGAGGAAGAAAAGCUGUUGGAAGCUCGAAUAAGAGAAGAAGCAGAGAAAGAGGAAGAGCUAGAGGAGGCACCUCAGUUAAAUGACACCCAGUUUACCAAAUUAGAUGAGCUUCUGAAUCAAACACAACUAUACUCAGAGUUCUUGCUGGAAAAGAUGGAUGAAAUCACUCGUAAUGGAGUGGAGCUGGAGAGUGAAACUACUGACAAAAAGAGGGGUCGUGGCUCAAAAAGAAAAGCUGCUGCACAAUACAAUUCUGGGAAAGCCAAGAGGGCUGUUGCUGCGAUGCUGACAAGAUCUAAAGAAGCUGAAAAGACUGAAGAUGGAAAUCUGACCGAGGAAGAAAGACUUGAGAAAGAGCAGAGAGAGCUAGUACCCUUGUUGACUGGAGGAAAGUUGAAAUCCUAUCAAAUUAAAGGUGUGAAAUGGUUGAUUUCUUUGUGGCAAAAUGGGCUGAAUGGGAUCCUUGCUGAUCAAAUGGGAUUGGGAAAAACUAUUCAAACAAUUGGUUUCCUUGCACAUUUAAAAGGAAACGGCUUAGAUGGUCCUUAUAUAAUAAUUGCUCCUCUCUCUACCCUCUCAAAUUGGGUGAAUGAGAUUUCAAGGUUUGCUCCCUCUAUAAAUGCCAUUAUCUAUCAUGGCAACAAGAAACAAAGGGAUGAGAUAAGGAGAAAAUACAUGCCUAGAUCUAUUGGGCCCAAGUUUCCCAUUGUUGUCACAUCUUAUGAGGUUGCUUUUUUCGAUGCAAGGAAGUAUUUGAGGCAUUACAAUUGGAAAUAUGUUGUGGUUGAUGAGGGGCACCGGUUGAAAAACUCAAAAUGCAAAUUGCUGAAGGAAUUGAAACACUUAGCUAUGGAAAAUAAGCUUCUGCUAACUGGGACACCUCUGCAGAACAACUUGGCAGAGCUAUGGUCGUUGUUAAAUUUCAUUUUGCCUGAUAUUUUCCAAUCCCAUGAUGAAUUUGAGUCGUGGUUUGAUUUGUCAGGAAAGAAUAAUGGUGAAGCAAUGAAAGAGGAAUUAGAAGAGAAGAGAAGGGCACAUGUGGUAGCUAAACUUCAUGCCAUAUUGCGUCCAUUUCUCCUUCGGAGGAUGAAGGCUGACGUUGAAUGGAUGCUUCCUCGGAAGAAAGAGAUAAUUUUAUAUGCUACUUUGACUGAGCAUCAGAAGAACUUUCAGGAUCAUUUAAUCAAUAAGACUUUGGAGGGCCAUUUAAGAGAGAAGCUGGAUACAGGACGUGGUUUGAAAGGAAAGCUCAACAAUUUGAUGAUUCAGCUUCGAAAGAACUGCAACCACCCUGAUCUCUUAGAAUCAGCUUUUGAUGGCUCAUAUCUAUACCCACCUGUGGAACAGAUAGUUAGUCAGUGUGGCAAGUUCAGGUUGCUGGACAAAUUGUUGAAUAGGUUAUUUGCACUUAAGCACAAAGUCCUAAUAUUUACUCAGUGGACUAAGAUCUUGGACAUAAUGGACUAUUAUUUUAGUGAAAAAGGUUAUGAAGUAUGCAGAAUUGAUGGCAAUGUGAAGUUGGAGGAAAGGAAAAGACAGAUCCAGGAAUUCAAUGAUGUGAAUAGCGACUAUAGGAUAUUUCUUCUCAGCACUAGAGCUGGUGGAUUGGGCAUCAACCUUACUGCAGCAGAUACCUGCAUACUAUAUGAUAGUGACUGGAACCCUCAAAUGGAUUUGCAGGCCAUGGACAGAUGUCAUAGAAUUGGCCAGACCAAGCCUGUUCAUGUUUACAGACUUGCAACAGCUCAAUCCAUCGAGGUUCGCAUUUUGAAAAGGGCAUUUAGUAAGUUGAAGCUUGAGCAUGUGGUCAUUGGUAAGGGGCAGUUUCAUCAGGAAAGGACGAAGCCUAAUGUCAUCAAUGAUUUGGAGGAAGAGGACUUGUUAGCACUGGUUCGAGAUGAAGAAAGUGCUGAAGACAAGUGGAUACAGACGGAUAUUAGCGAUGAGGAUUUGGAAAGGGUAAUGGAUCGCAGUGACUUGAUCGGAGAUUCAGCAGAAAAUGAUGUGGUUGACGGAGUCCCCCUUAAAGGGCCUGGUUGGGAGGUGGUAAUACCGACUGCAACUGGGGGCAUGCUUUCUACCCUUAACAGUUAACGAGUUGCUUUCAGUGGAUUGGGAUAUAUUUUUGCCAUUUUGGGGUCGAUAUUGGGGGAUGAUUUGUUUUUUGAGAGCAGAAUGUUGCUUUGGAAAUGUCCUCCAUUUUGGGGAUUGUUACUUGCGGAAGGGGCUAGCUAUAAUUCUCAAGAAGUGAUUUUUUGGUAAUGUUCUAAAUUAAUCUGAUGAAUUAUCAUCUUCAGAUACAAUAUGGAAUAGUUGAAAAGCAUUUGAAUGCUUAUCUAACCCGAAAUCUAGCUGUCUGUACUUUUGUGACUGGUUCCUGGUACGGAAAGAAACUAGGAGUCUUCUGGUUGGUGAAUUUGAUUAACCUGCGUUAAAAAAUAAAUAAA